ACUGAAAAAUUGUUCCAUAAAAUUCAGCAUUUCCAUUUUCGGACACUUACAUAAACCCUAGUUUAAGGCUAUCUUGCUUAAUUUGAACGUUUUUUGCGACACUUUUCUCUUGAUUUUGCCUUUAAUCACUCAAUCCUCUACUCUACCUCAAAUCACCAGAUCGUGUAGCAGUACGAACUGCUGCCCUUACAUUCAAGCGUUGAAAUUGAGGAGAGAAAGUAGGCAGCAGAGAUUUCUCUGCUUUGGGGAUCAAUUUCAUGGAGGACGCAUACACUAGAUCUGCUAGUGAGGUGUUGGAUUUUUUCGCGGUCGACCCAAUAAAAGGUCUUACAGAUUCCCAGGUAGCUGAUCAUGGAAGGAUGUACGGCCAAAACGUGCUUCCGCAAGAGAAGAGUACUCCUUUUUGGAAAUUGGUCGUAAAGCAAUUUGAUGAUUUGCUUGUGAAGAUAUUGAUUGUGGCUGCCCUUGUUUCAUUUGUUUUGGCUUUGAUUAAUGGAGAUACUGGCUUAACUGCGUUCUUGGAACCUUCAGUUAUUCUCAUGAUAUUGGCUGCAAAUGCUGCAGUAGGUGUUAUUACAGAGACAAAUGCUGAAAAAGCUAUUGAGGAGCUAAGAGCUUACCAAGCAGACGUUGCAACUGUUCUAAGAAAUGGUUGUUUCUCUAUAGUACCUGCCAUAGCUCUUGUUCCAGGAGAUAUUGUGGAAGUCAGUGUGGGUUGUAAAGUUCCAGCGGAUAUGCGAAUGAUUGAACUGUUAAGUGAUCAAUUACGAGUUGAUCAAGCAAUUCUUACAGGUGAGAGUUGCUCAGUAGAGAAGGAAGUUGAUGCUACUUCAGCUGUGAAUGCUGUAUAUCAAGACAAGACAAAUAUUCUCUUUUCGGGUACAGUUGUAGUGGCUGGUCGUGGAAGAGCGAUAGUCACUGGUGUUGGCUCUAAUACUGCAAUGGGCAACAUACGUGAUUCAAUGUUGAGAACAGAUGAUGAAGCGACACCGCUGAAAAAGAAGCUGGACGAGUUUGGUACAUUCUUGGCCAAGGUUAUAGCAGGCAUCUGUGUGCUUGUGUGGGUUGUAAAUAUCGGUCAUUUCCGUGAUCCUUCUCAUGGUGGCUUCCUGCAAGGUGCUAUCCAUUAUUUUAAGAUUGCAGUGGCUCUUGCAGUUGCGGCUAUUCCAGAAGGGCUUCCAGCUGUGGUUACAACGUGUUUGGCCCUUGGUACGAAAAGAAUGGCCAGGUUAAAUGCAAUUGUAAGGUCCUUGCCAUCAGUAGAGACCCUUGGCUGCACGACUGUGAUUUGCAGUGACAAAACUGGUACUCUGACAACAAAUAUGAUGUCUGCCUCUAAGAUAUGUGUACUCCGUUCUACGCACCAUAAUCCUAAUUCUUCAGAGUAUACGGUCAAUGGGACAACAUAUGCCCCCGAAGGAGCAAUUUUUGACAAUGAUGGAGUUCGGCUUGACUUUCCUUCACAGCAGCCUUGUCUUCUUCACAUAGCCAUGUGUUCAGCCAUAUGCAACGAGUCUUCAUUGCAGUACAACUCAGAUAAAGGAACUUAUGAAAAAAUUGGAGAAUCAACAGAAGUGGCACUUCGUGUAUUGGCUGAAAAGAUUGGGAUUCCUGGCUUCGAUUCUAUGCCAUCUGCCUUGAAUAUGCUAAGCAAGCACGAACGUGCGUCUUAUUGUAAUCGAUAUUGGGAGAAUCAGUUCAAAAAGGUCUCUGCACUAGAAUUUUCUCGUGAUCGCAAGAUGAUGAGUGUGCUUUGCAGUCGGAAGCAGUCCGCAACCAUGUUUUCAAAAGGUGCCCCAGAGAGCAUAAUUUCAAGAUGCACAAGUAUUCUCUGCAAUGAGAAUGGCUCUGUUAUUCCACUGACAGCCGAAAUUCGAACUGAAUUGGAGGCAAAAUUUAAUAGCUUUGCAGGAAAAGAAACUCUGAGAUGCCUUGCUCUAGCCGUGAAACGUUUACCCAUUGAUCAACAUGUUCUCUCUUUUGAUGAUGAGAAAGAGCUGACAUUUAUUGGGUUGGUGGGGAUGCUUGAUCCACCAAGAGAAGAAGUACGGAAUGCCAUAUUGGCAUGUAUGACUGCAGGAAUACGUGUAAUAGUUGUAACGGGGGACAAUAAGGCAACUGCUGAAUCAUUAUGCCGCAAGAUAGGAGCUUUUGAUCACCUUGGCGAUUUUGUUGGGCACUCUUUUACAGCAUCUGAAUUUGAAGAACUUCCAGCUUUGCAGAAGACUAUAGCGCUGCAACGUAUGGCUCUCUUUACAAGGGUUGAACCAUCUCACAAGAGAAUGCUGGUUGAAGCAUUGCAAAACCAAAAUGAAGUGGUUGCGAUGACUGGUGAUGGAGUCAAUGAUGCUCCGGCGUUAAAGAAAGCGGACAUUGGAAUUGCUAUGGGUUCUGGAACAGCUGUUGCUAAGAGUGCUUCGGACAUGGUUUUAGCUGAUGACAAUUUUGCCACCAUUGUUGCAGCAGUUGCAGAGGGAAGGGCUAUAUAUAACAACACCAAGCAGUUCAUCAGAUACAUGAUCUCUUCUAAUAUUGGUGAAGUAGUUUGUAUAUUUGUUGCAGCCGUUCUUGGCAUCCCUGACACCCUUGUCCCUGUUCAGUUGCUAUGGGUUAACUUGGUUACUGAUGGGUUACCUGCAACUGCUAUUGGCUUUAAUAAACAGGACUCGGAUGUUAUGAAGUACAAACCACGUAAGGUCGGGGAAGCAGUUGUUUCUGGCUGGUUAUUUUUUCGUUAUGUAGUCAUUGGAGCUUAUGUCGGCCUUGCCACUGUUGCUGGUUUCAUAUGGUGGUUUGUUUAUGCUGAUACUGGACCCAUGCUAUCAUACGGUGAAUUGGUAAACUUUGACACCUGUCAUAUGAGGCAGACAAGUUAUCCGUGCAGCAUAUUUGAUGAUCGACACCCAUCUACUGUUUCAAUGACAGUACUUGUUGUGGUAGAGAUGUUCAAUGCAUUAAAUAACCUGAGUGAAAAUCAAUCUCUUCUUGCAAUACCUCCCUGGAGUAACUUAUGGCUGGUUGCUUCUAUCAUAUUGACCAUGCUUCUUCACAUACUUAUCUUGUAUAUUCAGCCAUUAUCAGCUAUGUUCUCUGUGACCCCACUGUCUUGGACUGAAUGGAAAGUUGUUAUGUAUUUAUCAUUUCCGGUAAUUUUAAUUGAUGAAGUCCUCAAAUACUUUUCCAGAAAUUCAAGAGGUAUAAGGUUAAAGUUACGGUUCUGGAAAACUGAUUUACUUCCCAGAAGAGAAGUACGUGAUAAGUAAUUAAUGGUUGCUGUGAGCCCAAGCACAGAAGCUUAACUGUGCUACAAAACUAUGCUCCUAUGACGCACCCUCCAGUAAAUGCCUCUUAUGUGUUAUCAGUUUAUCUAUACAACUAGAGAAGGGGUUUUACAGCCUAUGCUUCUUAAAAUUGGUCAUGCUUGUACCAAGUUGUUCGAGGAGGUAGAUGAGUGUCAUGUUCAUUAAUGAGUCAUGUGUACUCGGGCACAAUCACACAGAAUUUUGGCAUUGGAACUUGUAUCUUGUUCUUGUGAAGUCUGUAGUGUAGGUGCUCGGUGCAAAAGUUUUGGUAUGACUCCAUCUGACUAUCUGAGUACUUACUGUGUACAAUCAAUUACUUCUGAAGGUAACUAAUAUACGAAGUGUCACAAAGAUACUUCAUGCCUUUAUGUAAAACUAACUAAUAUACUCAUUAUUUUUUUGUUUUAUGAACACAUUUGAGGGAACCAAAUUAUUCGAAGCAUUGUAUGGAUAUCUAUCUAUACUAUA